AUGACAACAGUCACGAUUGGUCUUCAUCGAUUCAUUGAGGGCUUCUUCCCAUUGGGUCCGUGGCGAAAAGGCCGGCUCUCGGCCAAGCCCGCCGCCGAUUCUGCACAAGUCCCGAAGCGUCGGUGGCGAAAACCCCGUCAUAUUCAAUCAUCCCGGCUGGGUCUAGUGUGGUUUCUCUCGGCUAUGGGCGGCAUCAGCAACAUCAUCGUCAUCAUCAUCAUCAUCACCACUUCUCAACCGUGUUCAUUCACAACCAUCAUCAUGGUCAACAGAGGCGUCGGGCCAGACCAGACCAGACCAGACCAAGCCCAGUAA